UGAGCAUUGGAAAUAGUUCGCAUUACAUUGUUUUUGAUAGCGCACUCUUGCUCUCAAUCUUCCGGAUUAAUUAUCGAAAUAGUGCAAUCAUUCUCAGUGUUUUUCCACUCUAAACAUGAGUUAGAAGAUUUAAUCGCCAGCAUUCUCAGCCACACGUCUGACAUGCGGAGUGUCCAAGAAAGUGGAGUAGUGUAUCUCUAAGGAGGCACACGUGAGAAAUAGAAUAGUGCACAAAGUUCACGGGUGAAAUGUCGCAGGAGGGUGUUUCAAGCUUUGGCACCACCAAACAUUCUGUCCGAGGAAUUUCCAGCACAAAGCAAACCACACGCCCAGAGUUGCAUCAGAUCAACAAUGUUGUUUCUGAGAGGUAUCUCUGGGAGAUGCGGAGAAGAACUCCCAAUACCACUCCCGCUAGCACUGUGCUAAAUUCUCCGGAUCUCACUGAAAGUGAAUCGAGGCAUGGAUAUCAUCAUCACCAUCAUCAUCAGUAUCCCAUUAAAUUGGGAAGAAGUCCGGUGAGUCAUGCGGACUCUGCAAGUCCUGUAACUCCUCCUGGUGGAGCUGCUCUCGUAACUGAUGGUGAGAUGGUUGUGUUUGACGAUAUAGGUGAUAGUUGGAAUGGUGGCCGAAUGAUUCUUGACUCCCCAACAACAUCAGACGUCGAAGGAGCUGCAGCUCCACGACCGGAUGGUACAUCGUCUCCGGGAAGUGGUAGUAGAGUAACAAAGAUGAUAGGGGGCCUUCCAAUAGCUGAAUACGAAGGAUCUCCAAGGCGUUUUGGGAAUGUUCAGUAUGACUCUCCUGUAGCAAACCGGACAACAAGUGGGAGGACAGUUCUUGCAUCACCAGCUGUAUUUCCACGUCCGGGUUUUCCACAUAGGGUUGUACCGUCUCCCAGUGGAGGUGCCUAUGGGAAUUGCCAGGAAGAUGGUCAGGAAGAGGUGAAGACACAGCCUCCGACAACUUUUGACUAUCUCUAUGAGUUCUCGGAGACUCGGAAGGUUCUUGAAGAAUUCUUCAAGUGUCCGGAGAGUGACAGUGAGCGUGCCAAGAGCAGCAGUAGCGAAUUUAUUCCACAUGGGUAUCACAAUCAACUGGACAGUGUUCAGGAUCAUUGCUACAUUGGGCAGAGAUUGGCUCAGAAGACACAAGAGAGUCAGUCACCAACGAGACGAAUCCGCGAGGAAGAAUUCGAUCACAACGACAUUGAGCUGUAUUUGGAUUCUGGGAGCAGAAGUAGCGGUGAACUGGCGGACACUGAAUUGGAGCACAAUGUCAGGAGGCACUCGAGGAAUUUUACUCUCUCUCCAGAAACCACCGAUUACGAUUCUAAUUGUGGAGAUCUCGAUAGUUUAUCCAAUGACAUCAAUGGAAUUGUUCCGGAUUUUAAUAGGCUGUAUACAUCAAUGCCGGUACUGGAGGAUGGGCUAUCAAGUGGACAUGCCUCAGAUACUGAGAAUAAUAAUCCAGCAAUUGGGGUAGAUAUGAGACAGAGAGUCAUCACUGGUGGAAACUUCCUGGAACAAUGCUCAAGUCCCAAGAGAUGCAUCGAGGGAAGUCAAGAGGCAGAACCAAGUCAGAAUAAUGUUUCCAAGGAGGCUAGAACCUUCUCAACUCCACCUCCGCCUCAGGUACUUACCCAAGAUGUUCAGGCUGCGCUCAAAGACAUCCGGUCUACCCUUCAGCGUACAAAGACCCUUCCGACCACCUCAAACCCGCCUCCAACUGCUGACAGAACUGUCCCCAAGGGCAUUUCGGAAGGUGCAAAGGAUGCACAAGAAUCACCUGUCUGGGUGCCCAGGCAUCACAAUAAUGCAGCGUCAAGGGAGAGUCUAAGCUCAGAGCAUCCCUCGAAGGCUAUGAGUGGAGAAGACGAAGAGGCAGAUACAGAUCUCGAGACUGACAGACUCCUGGGGCAACAGAGACUUGACGAUCAGGGAUUCUAUGAAGAUAGAGGAAGUGGAGUGUGGAAAGGAAAACUGGCCAAGUCACCGUCAAGCUCAAAAUCUCCUCCACUGAGUCAACUAGCACAAUCGACAAUCCGACAGGGCGUGGGAACAGCCCUGUCACCAACAUCACCGGUUUCCGGCGGAUCUGGCGGACGGAUGUCACCAGUUACACUUGCAGACAAAAGUCCCACGGAUUCCAUCGGUUCCAAGAAAGACGACAGCAGAAAGGGCAAAAGCAGAAAUAAAGAAGGUUAUCUCGAUCCCGCAGUUCUCAUCGAAGGUGUUCUCUUCCGAGCCCGAUAUUUAGGCUCCACCCAGCUCGUCUGCGAAGGUCAACCUACAAAGUCAACGAGGAUGAUUCAAGCAGAAGAAGCUGUUUCUCGAAUAAAGGCACCUGAAGGUGAAAACCAACCCAGUACGGAAGUAGACCUGUUCAUUUCGACGGAGAAGAUUAUGGUGCUGAACACAGAUCUUAAGGAGAUCAUGAUGGACCAUGCCCUGCGCACCAUUUCGUACAUCGCGGAUAUCGGCGACCUGGUUGUUCUGAUGGCGCGUCGACGCUUCGUGCCGCAAGACGUGGACGACGGACCGAAGCCCAACCGGACGCCCAAGAUGAUCUGCCACGUUUUUGAGAGUGACGAGGCCCAGUUCAUCGCUCAGUCUAUCGGUCAGGCUUUCCAGGUGGCCUACAUGGAGUUCCUCAAAGCCAAUGGCAUUGAGGACCACAGCUUCGUGAAAGAAAUGGACUACCAGGAGGUGCUCAACAGUCAGGAGAUCUUCGGAGACGAAUUGGAGAUCUUCGCCAAGAAGGAGCUGCAGAAGGAGGUGGUAGUACCCAAGGCCAAGGGAGAGAUUCUAGGCGUGGUGAUCGUGGAAUCAGGCUGGGGAUCUAUGUUGCCCACAGUUGUCAUCGCCAAUCUUCUUUCUUCUGGCGCUGCGGCUCGCUGUGGCCAACUCAACAUCGGUGAUCAGAUCAUCGCCAUCAAUGGACUCAGUCUCGUCGGAUUGCCACUCUCCACAUGCCAGACGUACAUCAGAAAUACUAAGACACAGACUGCAGUCAAGUUUACAGUUGUGCCUUGUCCGCCUGUCGUUGAAGUCAAGAUCAAGAGACCCAACACCAAAUAUCAACUGGGAUUCAGUGUUCAAAACGGAGUGAUUUGUAGUUUGCUGAGAGGAGGAAUUGCUGAACGAGGAGGAGUCCGGGUGGGUCAUAGGAUAAUCGAGAUCAACAAUCAGAGCGUUGUGGCUGUUCCUCACGAGAAAAUCGUCAAUUUGCUGGCCACUUCCGUUGGAGAGAUUCUCAUGAAGACAAUGCCGACGUCGAUGUUCAGACUCCUGACCGGACAGGAGAAUCCCAUUUACAUAUGAAUCACAUAUCAAUGGAUGAAAGCUGUCCUAAAGAAAAAAAAAUGAAGAAAAUGGAGAUGAGCUACAGAAGCUUCUAAAAGUGAAACAAAAAAAUGUGAAAAAUCUGCAAUUGAGAAACGAUAUAAGAUUUUUAAUAAAUAAUCAGGCAAUAAUUUAUCACAUUGAGAGAGAGAGAGGACAAGAAAAGCAUAGUUGUAAUGAAAGUGAAUAAUAGACAAAAAAAAUGUGUAAGCGUCAUACAAUAAUUAAACAGUGUAUUUACCUUUCUUAAAACAACUCUUGUAAAAGCCACUGAAUUGAUUGUAGUUUUGUGAUUAUGUGAUAAGAAAUUAAUUUUCUUUGCAACUGUUUUUUUAUUGGACGAAAGAAGGAGAGAAAUAUAAAAGUUUUUUUUUAAUAAUGGUCUCUCAAACAAUCAAUAUUCCAAUUUUGUGUUCUCUAUUGAAAGAAAAUGAUGCAUUUCAAAUUUUUUCUAAUGAUUUUUUUUAUUACAGUUCCUAGCCAAAAAUAAUGAAACAAUGCGUCAAAAAAUACAGUGCGCCUCUAACACUGUAUAACAAAUCGUAAAAGAAAAUUAAAAAAAAAAACAAAGUUUUCGUCAAUUGAAUUUCAUCAAAUUUAAUAAACUGAAAUGCAUUCCUAACAGUAUUAAUGCAAUUUUAUUGUAAAUUUCUGGGUCAUUUUCUACAAAUUUAUUGACUUUUGGAAUUCUUUUUCCAAAUUUUGCAUUAAAGAAAUUCGUUUAAAACUGUCUGACAUAUGAUCGAACAAUUAAUUUUCUACAACUAAAAGUGAAAUCCUUUGAAUUACAACGUUUAUACAAAUUUCCGUUAAACAAAGUUCAAAGUUUUUAUAAAUGAAAUUGAAUUAUAAUUUAAUUUAACUUUUCAAUUGUUUGUAAAGUUUAAUUAUAUCAUGAUAUGAUUUAGUUCCAUUUAAAAAUAGGAGAAAAAAGCCCGCAAUUUUAAAGGUACCCUAAUUUAUAAGUGCCCCACUCCCUUCUAAUGAGUAAAGUGGCGGCAGUGAUAUUUAUAAACGAGAUAACUAACACAGGCAUUGAUUAUUACAGUUCUGGAGAAUCUGGGGAAAAGAAAGGAAAUUUACUAGGUGAAGUGCUCAUGCUUUGUACGAUCCAAAGCUUCAUAAUGACUAAUGUUUUCUUAUCUUUUUAAAUAAAUGUGAUUCAUCCCACUAAAAACUAAGAGAAACUGCCCAGUUUUUUUAAAGUAAUAUUGCAAAGUCAUAUUUAUUGAGAAACAUAAAAAAAUUAGUCAUUACGAAGCUUAGGAUCAUACAGGGCAUAGGCAUUUUCUUCUACUCUACAAAUUUUUCGAAAAUCGUUUUCUUCUAUGGGAAAGCGCACUACCUUUGAACGACGCAAGCUUCGGAUAACACAAUGGCCUCAAUUCUGAGAUCAAGAUCAAGAUUAAAAUUUCUCGCUGUCAAAUUUUUCCAAGAUCAAGAUUUCAUAUUCUGACGCAAAGCAUUUAUGGAACUUAAAAUGUCUUAGCUAAGAACCAAGAUUUCAAGAUUUUCCACACUUAACGAAACCUCACUUCUGACAAAUAUCCUAAUUUCUUUGCCGAAUUUGUUUAUAUUUGGUCAUAUACAUUAUGAAAAUGAAUUAUAGGACGUAUUAAAGGAUAAAUGAGAGCCCAUGAACGGGAAUACAGAAAGUGCAAACCAAACUUAUGACCUGUAAUAAACCUUAAAUUCUUAUGCAAGAUGUGAUUCUUUUUCAGGUAUUCUCAGAGUGUUGUACUUGUAUACAAACAUCUAGAAAUAUGUACUAUUUCGAUUAAAUUACAAAGCCAAACUCAGUAUUUUUCAUAGUAAUUCUAUUUUUGUACCAUCUCUUAUAAAAAUAUUUAUCAUCAAUAGUCAUUACCGUAUGAAAUUCUUCAAAUUGUUAGUAUCUUAAAAAUUCCAAGCACCUCCGAGAGGUUCUUGGAAUUAUUACAAGAAAAUAAGAAAUUUGACGUCUUGAAUUCUUGAAAUAUUGGUUUCAGAAUUACAAAUCUUGAUAUCCACACGGUUUAUGUUUUGGAUUUCAAGAUUCCAAGACAUUUGACAGAUUUGACAUCUUGAUCUUGAUUUUUUGAUUUCAGAAUACCAAAAUCUUGAAAUUUUCUUGAUCUGGAUCUUGAUCUUGGUCUCAGAAUUGAGGCCAAUGUUUUUCUAUAUCCUUAAUAUAUUUUACCCAUGGUUCUUUACUGAAAAUUUGAAGCUUUGGACCAGCUAAUGAAAUAAUGAGCAAAAUUAAUUUAAAAUACAUUGAAAAAUGAAUUGUUCAAAAGUAGUGCGCAUUCCCCUACUAGUACACUCUCGCUUAUCCAUGCAGUAUGCAUGCUUAUCCAUACUUAUCCAGUUUUUUUCUUGUAACUUUUCCAGGAAUAUCUUAAUCAAUAUAAAAUUUUGUGGGGAUGUAGAUCUAAGGUUUCUGCAUCCAAUGAUACCAUCUUUUUAUACUACUGUAAGUAGACUUGCAAUAGUCUUCUUCGGAGUCGACGAUAUUCACUUGCUUAUUAAAAUUUGGAACAAAUUUGAAAUGUGAUAUAUCGGACAAAUUAAUUUAGAGUUGUAAUAGCUCUCUUAAAAUUUGAUAAAAACCAAUUAUACAAUCAUUAAAGUUCAGUAGAUUUUUUUGUUACUUAAUAAUUACCAAAGUUUUAAAUUUCAAAUACUAUCCUACAAAUUAUAUCAGAGACGGGGCUUCUUUAUCAAGAAAAAGGACCUUCAUGCCCUACCCAGAAAUUUAUGACUGAAUUGUCUAAAUCGAUUUUUAUCUUUUUAAAUUUAAAUAUUGCAAUUAUUUCAAAUUUAGCAAGCCAUAACUUCUGCAAGAGGCACGUUCUUAAAUUUUCGAGAAGCGUUCUCACGAAUUUUAAUUGUUCUACAGAAAAAUAUCAGUAUCAAAAAGUUGCUUUUUACACAGAUUCCAAAAAUUACUUUAGUCUUAUGGUCUCUACAUACUAGAGAAAUUUAUGUCCAUAUUAAAGCAAAUUUCCUACGCAUGUUUAAGAAAAUCUCUAAAAUAUGGACAUAUUUUUCUCUAAUGUGUAGAGACCAUUAGUCUUACUUUUGGUUCCUUGGUGAGUACUUUCCUGAGAUGUGCAAUGUGACUUUUGAACUCACCUUCUCCAAGUGUUUUCCUCCAACUUUUCUUUACUAAAAUGUGCUUUCAUUUUAAAGAAUCUAAAAAAUAGAGUCACAACACCAGAAGUUUUUUUUUAUAAAUUCCACGUAAUUACUAAAUCUGGGAGUGCACUGUAUUCCAAUUAACUCUUAAAUCAACAUAUUUCUCAAUGAAAAGCACUGAUGCAUUAUUUUUGGCCAAGUUCUGUUUCAAUUGGAAGGCGAAAACAGCUGAAAAAAUCACUGUAAAAUUCACAUAUAAAAGAAAAUGUGAGAAAAAUUUCGAUUAAGUCGUAUACCAAAGUGAAAAGAGAGAGAAAAAAUAAGAAAAAAAAAAUAAAGUGAAUUUUUAUGUUAUAGAAAAAA